GACCGAUGGCCGACCCCGACGACUAUUGGACGCGGAUGGCCAUCGCCGGCCACGCCGUGCUCCGCAUCGCCUUUCCCGUCGCCGGCGUGGCCGUGUGCGUCGUCGCCAUUGUCAUGUGGUGCCCGUGGCGACGGAUCCGCCUCUCCACGCUCGGCGGCGUCACCACCCUGACGCGGACGCUCAACUACCCCUGCACCAUGUGCCAGGAGAGCAUGGAGGCCGGCGAGAAGGUCCGCACGCUCUCCUGCGACCACGCGUUCCACUGCGGCGGCGGCGCCAAGUGCGAGCGCGGCGUCGACCAGUGGCUUCUCACUCAGGCGAUGGCGUGCCCGCUCUGCCGCAAGAUCCCCCUCCCCGUGCUGCCGGGGAAGCAGCCACCGCCAUCGUCGCCAGCACCUUCACCGUCAGCAUCGGAGCCAGCUAUACAGCAGUUGCCGCGGACGUCGUCGUCGUCGACGCAGGAUUUGGAGAAGGCGCUGCUGCUUCCGGCGCACGACGAGACACUAGCGGAGGCGUCGUCAUCAGCAUCGGCGCCCAGGCCACCGCUAGCGCAGACGCAGUUGCCGCGGACCUCGACGCCGGAUGUGGCGGGGGUGUUGCCGCUUCCGGCGAGCGACGAAAUACUACCGGACGCGUCGUCAUCGCAGUAGACACGCGUGAUCAAGCUUGGAUGGGACGAUGUUGACGCCUCCUGUGGGGCGGUCUGGCGCCGGAUCAGCACUUUCAGAGGUUCUUCAAGGAUUAUUUCGUCGUUCUUUUUCUGCAUUCUUGUUCUUGGAACUGAUCGAGGGUAGUUCGUCUUUUUUGAUGGUCUGGAUCAGCUCUUGAAGUACUCGUUAGUUGUUCCCGUUUUUUGCUUUCUUGGAACUGAUCAAACUUAGCCGUGUUCCUGUUCUUCUGUUCAGAGCUGCGUCCACCUGUAACGAACCAAAUGUCUGAAUGCCAAGAAACUAUGGUUUGGUAUUUCUUGGAUCAGUUGUAAGGUUCUGAUGGAAGCUAUUAGAUCUUUGGUUCAUUGCUCUGGUACUCUGUUCUAUUCCUCGGUACCUUAAUGCGAAUGUGAUUUCAGUAUAAA